GUCGAGAAGAAACCCCUUCCUUGCUCUCGUAUAAAUACGUACCAACAUACCUACCUUAUCUCUUCCUUAUCCUCUGUUACUCCAACGCCUUCUCCUAAUUUUUCCUUCCUCUCUUCCGCUAUGGACGCUGCUUCAUCUGCUAGCAGCUUUAAUAAGUCCGUAGAUAAUGACGGUAGUGAUGGUAGGGUUGCUUAUUUGAGCGGGGAGGAGGAGUUUGAAGCGGCGUCGGAUAAGCCUUUGCCGGUGGGGGAUGAAGGCGAGGGCGAGGGUGGGUCUGAUGAUGUUCCGCUUGGUGGAAAGUCUUUGGUUAAUCACGUUGAGUCGAAGGGGGAUGAUGGCGAGGAUGAUAAGGGCAAUAUCGAGCACGCGGACAAUGGAGGCCAGGUUAGUGAAUCUGAGGUAAACCUAGUUGUCGACGGCGCAGCUGUUGAAUCUGAAAAAUCGUCGCUGGUUGAUGAUACCACUGAUGUGGAGCUUGCAGCUGAAGGGGAUUCUACAGUUCAGACCACUCAUGUUGAUGUUGUACAUGAGGGGGAAGGCAAUGGACCGGAUACCAAUGAGGUUGCCGAGGCAGAUGUUGCCAAACCAAUUGGUUCUGGUGACGCCCCUAAGGGUGACUCGAUUGUUGACAGCAUUGAGGUCGAUUUGUUAAGCUCGGGAGCAGCUGUUGUUGGGGAGGGGGAAGGGGAUGGAGGCAACAGGACAGAAGAAGCAUCAGCUGAGGAAUCAGUAGUGAGUAUGCAGGAAAUUGGUGCGGAUUAUAAAAUUUCUGAACCUGAAGAUGUGAAUAAAGGGGAUGGUUUGGAGAGGAAGCCACUUGAGCCUGAAAUUCAUGCGAGUGGGGAGGAAAGUUUGGAGAAGAAGCCAAUUGAGCCUGAAAUUCACGCGAGUGAAGAGGAAAAUUUGGAGAAGAAGCCACUUGAGCCAGAAAUUCAUGCGAGUGAGGAGGAAAAGGAUGGGCAAUUGGAUACAGGAGAUGCCAUAGAUGGAGUUAGCAGCCCGGCCAUCCAAAUUAUUGGUUCUGCUGAUAGAAGUGCAGCCGAGGAAAAGGAUGAGCAAUUUGGUACAGGAGAUUCCAUAGCUGGAGAUAGCAGCACGGCCACUGAAACUAUUGGUUCUGCUGAUAGAAGUGCAGCCCCCGACAUUGUGAAGAAACCGGAGGUAGAACAUGAGCCUGCUGAUGCCUCUGGGGCUGAGGGGAAUGGGGUGUUAGAGGAUGUGGUAGCAGAGGAAUCAGAAGAGGGAGAUACUGAUGGUUUGAUCUUUGGAAGCUCUGAAGCUGCCAAGAAGUUCAUGGAGGAGUUGGAGCAGGGGUCCAGUGAGGAUUCUCAUGCAGUUGAUGAAGGUUCAUUUGAGCAUUCUCAGAGGAUUGAUGGCCAAAUCAUCACAGAUUCAGAAGAAGGUGAUACUGAAGAUGAGGAAGAAGGAGAGGGGAAGGAAUUGUUUGAUUCUGCUGCCCUGGCAGCUCUUUUGAAGGCUGCUACAGGCAGUGAUUCAGACAGUGGUAACAUUACUAUCACUUCUCGAGAUGGAACCAGGCUUUUUUCAGUCGAGCGUCCUGCUGGCCUGGGAUCUUCUCUUCGGUCUUUUAGGCCUGGUCCGCAAUCGAAUCGCCCCAAUCUUUUCAGUGCUCCAACACUUGCUGGUAGUGGUGAAUCUGAGGGCAACUUGAGUGAAGAAGAAAAGAAGAAAUUGGAGAAGUUGCAAAAGAUCAGAGUGAACUUUCUGAGGCUUCUUCAUCGGUUAGGCCUGUCUCCAGAUGAGUCUGUUGCAGCGCAGGUUUUGUAUCGUCUUGCACUUCUUGGUGGAAGACAGGGCAUCCAAAAUUAUAGCUUGGAUGCAGCAAAGAGGAUGGCUUCGCAGCUAGAAUCAGAGAACAAAGAUGACUUGGAUUUUUCUGUAAACAUUUUGGUUCUGGGAAAAUCUGGGGUGGGUAAAAGUGCCACUAUAAACUCAAUAUUUGGGGAGGAAAAGGCUCCGAUUGAUGCAUUUAAUACUGGGACAAAUACUGCAAGAGACAUAACUGGAUUUGUUGAUGGUGUGAAGGUUCGACUUAUAGACACACCAGGCCUUAAAACUUCUGCAAUGGAACAGUCUUUCAACCGUGCUGUCUUAUCCUCUGUGAAAAAGCUCACUAGUAAGAGUCCUAUUGAUGUCCUCCUUUAUGUUGACCGAUUGGAUGCCCAAACUAGAGAUCUCAAUGAUCUGCCCCUUCUGAAGACCAUUGCCGGUGUUCUUGGCCCCUCUAUCUGGCGAAGUGCUGUAGUCACCCUAACUCAUGCUGCUUCUGCACCUCCGGACGGGCCUAAUGGCAAUCCUCUGAGCUAUGAGAUGUUUGUCUCUCAGAGGUCUCAUGUUGUCCAGCAGUCCAUUGGUCAUGCGGCUGGUGAUCUUCGCAUGAUGAGCCCAAGCCUGAUGAAUCCUGUCUCACUUGUGGAAAAUCACCCCUCUUGUAGGAAGAACAGGGAAGGUCAGAAAAUACUACCCAAUGGCCAGAGCUGGAGGCCGCAGUUACUGUUGCUAUGUUACUCAAUGAAGAUUUUAUCUGAAGCAAAUUCCAUCUCCAAACCUCAAGAUCCCUUUGAUCAUAGAAAGCUAUUUGGUUUCCGGGCUCGUGUGCCGCCCCUUCCAUACAUGCUGUCCUCCAUGCUGCAGUCUAGGCCACACCCAAAGCUUCCAUCCGAUCAGGGUGGUGAGAAUGCUGAUUCUGAUAUUGAUCUGGAUGAAUUCUCUGACUCUGAUGGCGAAGAAGAGGAUGAGUAUGAUCAGCUUCCACCUUUCAAGCCUCUCAAGAAGGCUCAGAUGGCAAAACUCAGUAAAGAACAGAGGAGAGCAUAUUUUGAAGAAUAUGAUUAUCGAGUGAAGCUUCUGCAGAAGAAACAGUGGAAAGAGGAGUUGAGAAGAAUGAAAGAGUUCAAGAAGAGAGGCAAAGAUGCUAUACCAGAAGAGGAGGAUGCAGAUUCAGGAGCUGCGGCACCUGUGGCAGUUCCCUUACCCGACAUGGCGCUGCCCCCUACUUUUGAUGGUGAUAAUCCUGCAUAUAGGUACCGGUUCUUGGAGCCAACCACACAGUUUCUUGCAAGGCCAGUUCUGGAUAACCAUGGUUGGGACCAUGACUGUGGCUACGAUGGCGUCAACCUCGAACACAGCUUAGCUAUUGCUAAUCGUUUCCCAGUGGCAUAUACUAUUCAAAUAACAAAGGACAAGAAAGACUUCACCGUCAGUCUGGAUUCCUCAGUUUCACUUAAGCAUGGCGAGGAUCUGUCAAGCAUGGCAGGCUUCGAUAUCCAGAGUAUGGGAAAGCAGCUGGCUUACAUCCUCCGAGGGGAAACCAAAGUAAAAAGCUUCAAGAAGCACAAAGCAGCCGGGGGAAUAUCUGUCACAUUUCUAGGCGAGAAUGUGGUUCCCGGUGUGAAGGUUGAAGACCAGAUUACAUUGGGAAAACAAUAUGUUGUGGUGGGCAGUGCUGGAGCCGUGCGGUCGCAACAGAACACCGCUUAUGGAGCCAACUUUGAACUGCAGCGGAGGGAGGUGGAUUACCCAAUUGGCCAAGUUCAAUCCACGCUCAGCAUGUCCAUAAUCAAAUGGAGAGGGGAUUUAGCUCUGGGGUUCAACAGCCUGGCUCAGUUCUCCAUCGGGCGCAAUUCUAAGGUAGCUGUUCGUGCUGGGAUUAACAACAAGCUUAGCGGUCAGGUUACCGUAAGGACUAGCACUUCCGAGCAUCUCUCUCUGGCUCUUGCGGCUAUUCUUCCAACCGCCAUUUCCAUCUACAAGAAGCUCGUCCCAGGUGCUGCUUCUGCUGGUGAGAAGUACUCAAUCUACUAGUUUUUUUGAUAAUUCCCUUCCCUGAUUCAGUUCUAUUUGAGAUGUUAGCUACUACUCUGCUUUGAUCAUCAUCAUUACCAUUAAUAUAUCGCAUCACUUUAAUA